AUGAGGAUUUAUGGGUUCAAUUUUAGGAAGAAAGAAAGAGAAGAUGGAGGAAGAAGAAAGGAUCUCCGGAUAAACGAUUCUACAAAAACGAAGGCAAACGAAGGAGAACAAGAAGGAAAUUUGAAAGAACGAGUUAUUGAGGAAAUUGUAAAGAAUGAGUUUGAUAAUUCAGCAACGGACGGUAUUUUGGAUGAUGCUUGUUCGUAUAACCUGAGGAGUAGCGAAGCAAAUCCAUGCAAAGGGCCGUGCCUGCAAGCAGUACAUAGGGCAAUUAACUCUAAUGAGUGGAGAGACAUACAAGUCAGCGACGCUUAA